AUGCAUUCUCUUAAGACUCUGCUCUGUGCCGGGGUACUCGCCUCGACCUCACUCGCUUUCCCAGCAAUGCACCGCCGUGUAGCCGGAAACUCAACCACUGGGAAUAAACUCAGUGUCUACUGGGGUGCUGAAGAUGACAGCACAACCCUCAGCGAUGUAUGCUCAGAUGACUCGUACGACAUCGUCAACCUUGCUUUCGUCAACAAAUUUAAGGGUGAUGGUGGAUAUCCCAGUCUCAGCAUUAGCACUUUGAGCGGGCCAUCACAGGCCCAGCAAGAUGCUGGUGCCACAUCUCUUCAAGAUGGAUCUUCGCUUGUGUCUGCUAUUCAGGCAUGCCAAUCCGCUGGUAAGCUGGUUAUUAUGAGCUUGGGUGGCGCUGUCGACUAUUCGAAUGUUGUCCUAUCUGGAGACGAUGAAGCAAAGACUGUUGCCGAUAAUUUGUGGAAUUUGUUCGGCGGUGGUACCGACGAGACUUUGAAACCUCUUCGGCCGUUUGGAGAUGUGAAGUUGGAUGGAUUUGACCUUGAUAAUGAGUCUGGCGAUUCUACCGGUUACAGCGCUCUUGUUUCCCGCUUUAAGUCUAACUUUGCCCAAGACUCUAGCAAGACUUACUACCUCACUGCUGCUCCUCAGUGCCCCUACCCUGACCAAUCCGUUCCACUGGAUGUAUGCAAGGAGCUUGAUUACGUGUGGGUCCAGUUUUACAACAAUGGCGACUGCAAUGUUGCACAAUCCGGCUUCAAGGAUGCUGUCAAAACCUGGAGUGAUGGCAUCGGAAAUGCAAAGCUUUUCAUCGGCGCCCUAGCCAGCGGUGCAGAUGGUGAUCAAGGAUAUGUUGACUCUGAUACUCUGGUCAAACAACUCAAGGAUAUUGAGGAGUUUAAUUUGCCCAACUUCGGAGGUGCUAUGCUCUGGGAGGCACAGCUGGCUGUGAAGAAUGGCAAUUACCAAAAGGCUAUUAAGGCGGCACUCUAG